AUGAAUUGGUCAGUUCUCUUACUCUCAGAGCAAGAGAUUGUUUAUAAGAAUGUUUUGGAUGUUGUUUUGUCUGAUAAUGGUGGAUUCUUUUUUCUAUAUGGUUUUGGAGGAACUAGACAAACAUUUGUUUGGAAUACAUUAUCUGCUGCUUUGCGUUCAAGGGGCCUUAUCGUCUUAAAUGUCGCAUUUAGCGGAAUUGCAUCGCUAUUGUUACCUGGAGGUAGAACUCCUCAUUCAAGAUUUUCUAUUCCUAUUUCAAUAAAUGAGAUAUCAACCAGCAAUCUUCGUCACGCUUUAGACAGAUCUCUUAAUGACAUUAUAAAGACUCAGUCUACCCAUGGUUAUGACAUUCCAUUCGGAGGUAUAGUUGUGGUACUAGGAGGCGACUUUAGACAAAUACUUCCAGUUAUUUCCAAAGGAAGUCGUUCUGAAAUUGUCGGUUCAGCUAUCAAUUCUUCAUAUUUGUGGAAGCAUUGCAAGGUAAUGAAGUUGACUGUUAAUAUGAUAUUGCAAAAUGCUACAUCGACUUCUUCACCAGCAGAAAUAAAAGAAUUUGCAGAUUGGUUGCUUCAAGUGGGAGAUGGUACAGUUAAAACGAUUGAUGAGGAAGAAACACUUAUUGAGAUUCCUCCAAAUCUUCUUAUUGAACAGUGUAAGGAACCGUUGCUUGAAUUAGUUAAUUUUGCAUAUCCGAAACUUGCGCAUAAUUUGCAAAAAAAUUCAUUCUUUCAAGAAAGAGCGAUUCUUGCACCAACACUUGAAAGUGUAGAGGAAAUCAACAACUUUAUGUUAGCAAUGAUUCCUGGUGAUGAAACAGAAUAUUUGAGUUAUGAUACUCUGUGCAAGUCAGACGAAGAUUCGGGUGUCAAUGCAGAAUGGUUUACAUCUGAAUUCUUAAAUGAUUUCAAAUGCUCUGAAAUUCCAAACCAUGCAAUUAAACUGAAAGUUGGUGUCCCUAUCAUGCUCAUUCGAAACAUAGACCAAGCUGCAGGGCUGUGUAAUGACACUCGAAUGAUAGUCAAUGCUUUGACUAAAUAUAUAAUUGUUGCUACUAUUUUAAAUGGAAACAAGAUGGGUGAAACAACAUUUAUUCCAAGGAUGAGCUUAACUCCAUCUAAUUCUGACAUUCCAUUCAAAUUCCAGCGCAGACAAUUCCCUGUUACUUUAUGUUUUGCAAUGACUAUAAAUAAAAGUCAGGGGCAAUCUUUAUCUCAUGUUGGACUGUAUUUACCAAGACCUGUCUUUACUCACGGGCAGCUAUAUGUAGCACUUUCUAGAGUUAAAUCUAGAAAAGGGUUGAAGAUGCUCAUCAUAGAUGACGAAGGAGUUGUAUCUAACACUACACGCAACGUAAUGUAUCAAGAAGUCUUCGAUAAUAUUUGA